UCGUCAUGAGGCCGGCUUACCAGCUGCCACAGGGUGCCAUGCACGCCAUGCCCGCCAUGCCCGUGGCCGGGGCCCACGGCCACGUGUCGUCUCCCCACGUGGUGAUGCGUGCGCCACUGCCGGGCUAUGGCUCCCCCACGGCACAGAUGCACCAGGUAAGCUUCCAGAUACCCCAGCAGAUGCCUGCGCCGCGUGUGGUGCUUCCUGGACAGAUGCCGAUGAUGCAGGCUGUCCGAAGUUUGCCUGCGCAGAGCGGAGCUAGCGGAGCUGGUGUUCCUCAGGCACGCAACGCGGGCGGGCCGAUGGUGCGCAUGAAAUCGGAGGAUCAGUCCCCAAUGGUUCAGAAGGCCAAAACUGAGGUGCCACUGCGAGGAAUCAUCAGCAAGUUUCAAAUGGCUAUGAGCCGUGAGUCGGAGAUGACCCGGGCCACCACCCUGGAGGAACUGGACGAAGUGGCGGCCAAUGCCUUGCAAGAUAUCGCCGACAAAGAACGCAAACGAGGUUCGCCCACCUCUGGCAACAUGGCGAAGAAUUCCAGUCGCAGUAUCCUGAAACGAUCCUCAACCACCAACUCCAUUGGCUUGGUGAGGCCCUCGGUGAAAUCGCCCCGUUCGGUGCAGCAAGUGGAGCGGCAAUCCUCGCAGCCUUCGCUGAAAGCUGCAGUGCUGGUGGCAGGUGUCGCGGGCGGUCAAACGCCCCGCUCCCCCGGAUGGAAAUCGCCGCGCUCCCCAAGGUUCAAGGAAGAGCCAGAUGCAUUUGUCACGCCAUUGGUCACUCGAUCCAUGAGCGCCAAGAUUGGCCUGCUGGAAGGACGUUUAAGUUCCGAAGACUCCCUGGAGGUGAGCAUUCAAAGCAUGAAGAGCAUAGAUGUCUCGGACUCCUAUGAGGAGUACAAACACGCAGCGGAGCGCGUGAGAGCCUUGCAGCAGCAGCUGGGUCGCGCAGCCUCGCCCGAGGUGGUUCCGACGAAACGCACCGCCUCCUUGCGAUCUCCCAUUGAGGAGGACGACAUGGAUGAUGAACCCGAGGUGGUCGUGGUGAAAGCACGAUCCUUGAGGGAGUCCACGAGGCUGCAAAGCAAGCGCAUCCUCCCGUUGGGUGACAGCGAUGACGAGGACGGCGUCACUGGGCAUCCCACCUUGAAAGUCGUGGAGACCGGUGUGGUGACCAAUGAGGGCAUUGACACCUCUCCAGCCGCCAAGCAUCGGGGCAAGCCGCGCAAUCGACAGGACUGAUGACCGAAUGGUCAUGCGAUAUGUGGUCUUUGCGGUCAUGUCGUCAUUGGCUGUGCGCCUCCUAGAGCAGGCUGUCCGCUGUCGAUGAAAACAGGUCGACCACUGUCGGCCCAGGGCGGUGUGUCUCAAAGGUGGCUCAAAC